CAAAAGUGAAGCAACAGGAAGCUCCAAGCUCAUUUAACAGCUCCAGAACUCGACAGAAAUUUGGCGCAUUCGCAUAAAUAGCGUCGCAUAUAAUUGUUCUUUCUCUUGAUACCCUUUCAACUUCGCCAUGUCCGCCGAGAAACGUCCCGCCGAUGGAGAUCCCAGCUCUUCUCAGUCGCUGGUGAAGCGACAGAAUGUCAACUCUUCUACAGGUGCUCUUGCGCGUCUGAACGCGUCAAGCAAUGCAUUGGUGCAAUCUGCGCCGAGAACAAGCGGGCUUCAAGCUCCUGUCAUGGAACUGUCAGGACACUCAGGCGAGAUUUUUGCAGCAAAGUUCGAUCCUACAGGCAACCUGAUUGCAUCUGGUGGAAUGGAUAGAUCUCUAAUGCUCUGGAGAACAUACGGCGAUUGCGAAAACUACGGAAUAUUGAAUGGUCAUCGAGGUGCCAUUCUGGACUUACAAUGGUCACGCGACUCGGAAAUUCUAUAUAGUGCAUCGGCCGACAUGCACCUUGCGAGCUGGGAUUUGACAUCAGGCACACGAAUCCGCAGAUACGUUGGGCAUGAGGAGGUUAUCAACACGGUGGGCAUCAGUAGACGAGGAGAGGAGAUGCUUGUCAGUGGUAGCGACGACUCAACAAUCGGAAUCUGGGACCCCCGAUCGAAGAACGCCGUCGACUAUAUCCAGACCGAGUUCCCUGUUACAGCCAUUGCUGUAUCCGAGGCUGGUAACGAGAUAUACGCAGGCGGCAUCGACAACGAUAUUCGAGUAUGGGACUUGAGAAAGAAGUCGGUAAUAUACUCGAUGCUGGGCCAUUCAGACACCAUCACCUCAUUGAGGGUUUCACCAGAUUCUCAAUCGCUUGUCUCAUACGCUAUGGACUCUACAGUUCGAACAUGGGAUAUCCGACCUUUUGCGCCAACAGAACGACACAUCCGAACCUUUGACGGUGCGACAAUGGGCAUGGAGAAGAAUCUUCUCGGAGCAAGCUGGGACUCAGAAGGCAAGAGAAUUGCAGCAGCAUCAGGCGAUGGAACAGUCAUGGUCUGGUCAAGCGAGACAGGCAAGCUCGCUUACAAGCUGCCCGGUCACAAGGGCACAGUCAACUGUGCAGAGUUCUCGCCAAACAAGGAGCCUAUUCUACUUUCUGCAUCGUCAGACCGCACAAUGCUUCUUGGCGAGUUGAAAUGAGGAGAAUAAGUAAUAACCCGAUAUUCUAAUCUACUACCCGUACGCUCCCUGGCAUAUUGGUUCACAAGAUGCGCGCUCCCGUGUCAGGGCUCAGUAUUCUGGUAACUUUUACGCCAUCGAAGCUUGCCUCUGAGGGCGUAACAAGGGAAGCUCAUCACCCUCACCAUGGCUGAAUAGUGUAGCCGUUAGGAUGACGCAGGGAGCUUUGUGUAACUCUCUCCGAUAUUGCCAGGGAGCAUGAAUAUUCAAUCUGGGGAAGCUCUGGAGACGGCUAGAAAAGCGGAUUACAGCAUGUACAAAGUUGGUGAAAUAACAUUGGGAAGGGUGGAGGAGGCGUUUAUGGCUUGUAUCAAAAGAUGAGACAUGAGCUAGGGGGUACGCAUACAUAGAUGUUUAUGCUAUAUGUGCAAAUAGUCGAUUAAUAGUAAGCCCUUGAAGAAACAAACCACAUCAAAC